CUCCUCGCUGCCACAUUUUUCUCCAUCUUCUUCUCCCUCUUUCCUCCCUUUCCUCAACUCCUCCAUUUUUCCUGCUCCAAAAACCUCUUUCUCCUCCUCUCUUUCCUUCUCCUUCUUUCACCUUCUCUCCCCGUAUAUCUCUCUCUCUCUACACCUCACUAGACAAGCUCUUAACAAAACCACUUUUCUAGCCCCCCCCAAACAGAUCUGACCCUCGUCUUUCUAGGGCUUCAAAUGUUCUAUAUAUCACAGAUAGGAAACAUUGGUGUGUGUGUGAGAGAGAGAGAGUGAUAUAUAGAAAGUGAGGAGGCAAAGUUGGAUUCUCCGAGAUCUUCGUGGGCGUUAUGUAUUUUUCAUUUGAUUAAUUUACUCUGAUUUUGGUCUGUCAAAAAGCCGUCUCAAAAUUGUCAACCCUAUCUUUCUUGGUGGUAUAUUCUCUCCUUUUUUCACGUAGGAAAUAGAUAGGCUUCGGGCUUCAGGCUUCAGACCAUUUUCCAAGACCAAAAAAACCCUUCAGUAGUCAGCUUUGCCUGUCAUCAACUUGUAAAAAAAUUACGUUUGCUUCGCUCACACCACUGCCACAGAAUCUAGAGCGCGGAAAAGCUGCAUAUAUAUACUGUCUGGGGUUUGUGGGUUGUGGGUUGUGAAGUACUAUGCCUGCGGGGAUUAUGAUUCCGGCGAGAAACAUGCCGUCGAUGAUCGGAAGGAAUGGGACGGUCGGCGGGUUUGGAUCGUCCUCUGGGCUUACCCUUGGUCAGAUUGAAAACCCAUAAGCCUUCGGAAUCUUAAAGAUCUGUAGAUAUGUUCCAGCCUAACAUGAUGGAAGGUCAGCUCCACCAACUAGACAUGACUCAAAACACAUCCGAAAGUGAUAUUCCCCGAAUCCGAGACGACGACUUCGACAGCGCUACUAAAUCCGGCAGCGAAAACCAUGACGGUGCCUCCGGCGAUGACCAAGAUCCACGGCCGAACAAAAAGAAGCGCUACCAUCGCCACACCCAGCACCAGAUCCAGGAAAUGGAAGCUUUCUUCAAGGAGUGUCCACACCCAGAUGACAAGCAAAGGAAAGAACUCAGCCGUGAAUUAGGGUUAGAGCCACUGCAAGUCAAAUUUUGGUUCCAAAACAAGCGCACCCAAAUGAAGACCCAGCAUGAGCGCCAUGAAAACACACAGCUUAGGUCAGAGAAUGAAAAGCUCCGGGCUGAUAACAUGAGGUACAGAGACGCUCUUAGCAAUGCAUCAUGCCCCAAUUGUGGAGGCCCAACUGCAAUAGGAGAGAUGUCCUUUGAUGAGCAUCAUUUGAGACUCGAAAAUGCACGAUUAAGAGAAGAGAUUGAUAGGAUUUCAGCAAUUGCUGCUAAGUAUGUUGGGAAGCCAGUGGUGAACUACCCUAUUCUUUCUCCACCUGUUCCUCCCCGGCCACUAGAACUUGGAGUUGGGACUUUCAGUGGGCAGCCAGGCAUUGGAGGAGAGAUGUAUGGGGCUGGAGACCUUCUUAGGACAAUAAGUGGACCAACUGAAGCAGAUAAACCUAUGAUAAUUGAGCUUGCGGUUGCAGCUAUGGAGGAACUAAUCAGAAUGGCUCAAAUGGGGGAACCCUUAUGGAUGACAGAUCAUGAUGGCGCCUCUAUACUGAACGAGGAUGAAUAUAUUCGAACAUUUCCUCGGGGGAUUGGACCAAGACCCACCGGCUUCAAAUGCGAAGCUUCUCGGGAAACUGCCGUUGUUAUCAUGAACCACAUCAGCCUUGUGGAGAUUCUAAUGGAUGCGAGUCAGUUGUCUACUGUGUUUUCCGGGAUUGUCUCGAGAGCCAUGACACUAGAAGUACUAUCGACAGGAGUAGCAGGAAAUUAUAAUGGAGCACUACAAGUGAUGACUGCAGAAUUCCAAGUUCCUUCCCCACUUGUUCCAACUCGUGAGAGCUAUUAUGUAAGAUACUGUAAACAGCAUGCCGAUGGUACUUGGGCUGUGGUUGAUGUUUCCUUGGACAAUUUGCGCCCUAGUCCUGCAGUGAGGUGCCGAAGAAGGCCUUCUGGCUGCUUAAUUCAAGAAAUGCCCAAUGGCUACUCGAAGGUGACAUGGGUUGAGCAUGUAGAAGUUGAUGAUAGAGGUGUUCACAAUCUAUACAAGCAGCUUGUUAGCUCGGGCCAUGGAUUUGGUGCAAAACGUUGGGUGGCAACCCUAGACCGACAAUGUGAACGGCUUGCAAGCGCCAUGGCCACAAACAUUCCUGCCGGUGAUGUUGGUGUCAUAACAAAUCAAGAAGGAAGGAAGAGUAUGUUGAAACUGGCUGAGAGAAUGGUGAUAAGCUUUUGUGCGGGAGUGAGUGCCUCAACUACGCACACGUGGACGACCCUGUCUGGAACCGGGGCAGAUGAUGUAAGGGUGAUGACCCGAAAGAGCAUAGAUGAUCCAGGCAGACCUCCUGGGAUUGUGCUAAGUGCCGCUACUUCCUUCUGGCUUCCAGUUUCACCAAAGAGAGUUUUUGAUUUUCUGCGUGAUGAGAACUCUCGAAGCGAGUGGGACAUUCUCUCAAAUGGUGGAGUUGUUCAAGAAAUGGCACAUAUUGCAAAUGGGCGGGAUACAGGAAACUGCGUGUCUCUACUUCGAGUGAAUAGUGCAAAUUCAAGCCAGAGCAACAUGUUGAUAUUACAAGAGAGUUGCACUGACCCAACAGCCUCUUUCGUGAUUUAUGCUCCUGUUGAUAUUGUGGCAAUGAAUCUUGUACUCAAUGGUGGGGAUCCAGACUAUGUUGCCCUUCUUCCCUCUGGAUUUGCCAUUCUCCCUGAUGGAACCACAACGCAUGGAGGAGUCAUUGGGGAAGCUGGGUCUGGCGGAUCUCUCCUCACUGUUGCUUUUCAGAUUUUGGUUGAUUCUGUUCCCACAGCAAAACUUUCUCUUGGCUCUGUUGCAACUGUUAACAAUCUUAUUGCUUGCACCGUCGAGAGGAUUAAGGCUUCUUUGUCAUGUGACAACGUAUGAUCAUCAUCAUCAUCUUCUACAAACCUUAAAUUGUAGCAAUUAACAGAAGGAGGAAAAGGAAAGGAAACUAAGAGAAACAAAGGUGGUGAGGAAUUUCUGCUUAUACAAGAUGGGAAGAAGUCAAGAGCGCACCUUAAUUACAUGAUCCUUUGUUAAGUUUGCAAGGAUUAGGGGUUCGGGUAUUGACUUCCUCAAAACAAUUUAAAAAGCAAGAAAAGCUUGCAACUCCCUUUCACUUUUCUCAACUUAAUCAGUUAGGGCUAGGGUUUUGUAUGCAUGAGUGAAGCGUAGUGCUUCAUUUGUGUCGUCAUUUUCCUUCUUUGUCUUCUGUUUGUGUGUUUUUGAGACAUUGGUGCAUAGGAAACCUCACGCCCCCCCUCCUCCCCCGCUAGCAGACGAUCCAUUUUUUCCAUUUUAAGAGGUUUUGCAAUGGAUAUUGCUUCAAUAUAUAGUCUUAUAUAUGUCUUUAAUUUGUGUUUGCAGUUUGUUUGUCUAAUGCAUGUUGUAGUUAUCAAGUGAAAUGUACGUGAUUAAUUAGGUGACAAUUUUCUUAAGCAUGUUGCAAACAUUACUUACUAGCAUCAAUG